GUUGAUCUUGAGUUCUGUCAAAUAUACAAAGUAUCCGUCACGAAAAAUGUCGUUAUAAUUGAAUGGAUUAUAUCAAUAAAACGUUAUUGCUGUCUCUGGAACAAGAUUUGUACACUUUGAAUGAAUCAAUUAAUAAUAUCAGUACAAAUGGCGAUUUGCAGUCGUGGUUGUUUCCUACAAAGAAUUACAAAUUUAUUGACAGCUUUAUCAAAGACAAUCAUAAAUGGAAGUUGAAUGUUAAACUAAUAUUAGAAUUAAUAAUUGAUAGGUUAUAUAUUGGAUUAAGAUUAAUUUUGAUGAAAAUUGAAGAAAAUAUUAAGUCUGAUGGAAAUACAAUGAACGAGUUCAAACUCCAAGUUUGCAAACUUCCACAAAUAACUAUUGGUUGUUGCUUCGAAAAUUUAAGAAAAAUGGUAGAUAUUAUCAUAAUUCAGAUGAUAGAAAUGAAAACCGCCAUAAAUUCGAAUAGGAUAAUUUUUACAGGAGAAGUAAUAAAAAUGAAAAAAAUUAAUAGCGGUACUCAAACAUACGUUACGUCUAUGACAUAUUGCGAUAGCUGUGCGUCAGCGAUUAUUUCUAUGAAAUUUUUAUUGGAUAUAUUCGAAACCGCAAAAACUGAUAUCCUUCAAGUCAGGAGAAUGAAAAACAAUAUACAAGACCUAACCCAAUUUGGUUGUAUGCAGCUCACGACAGCAUCCAUUGAAAAAAAUUUGAAGCAAUUAGUGGAAAAAAUUAUGCAAUACGAAAAUGAAAAUGGGGAGUUGAAGGAUAGGGUUGAAAUGUUGACCAAACAAAUACUAAAUAAAAACGGCACAAUUACUUUACUUGAACAGGAGAAUAUUACCCUGAACGAUACCUUGAAGAAAAGUGAAACUCGACAAACUAUCACGCAAAACAAAAUUAAUGAGCUCCAAUCAGAAAAUUUAGAAAUUUACAAAGAAAAAGAAAACUUAAAAUCACUCAAUGACGACUUGAACUCUACUCUAAACGUGUACCGACAAGUGAACAGUCGGUUGCACGAAGAAAAGAUUAUAUUGCAAGAAAAUUGCGGUAAAACAACAUCACAUAUAAAACAUUGUAUUGAAGACAUUUCUGAACUAGACAAAAAACUCAUUAUAUUAUAUCGGCAACAUGAAUGUUUUGUGGAAGAAUUAAACGAUAUGAAUAAAGAUUUAGAAAGCUUGAUAAAAACAUUCAAAAAAAUUUCAAAACUGCAUAAUGAAAUGGAAACCAGAAUAAAAAUUUCAUGCGGGACCAUUGAAGACAAUGCUAGACAUAUAACGGAGAAAAUUAAAACAUUUCAGAAAAAAAGAACAUGAUUCUACCAUAAUAUUUUGUCUAGUAAAAUCUGUCUCUUAAUUCGACUCACAUGAGUAACUGGAUGCUGUUAUACAGUCGUUAUGCUUGGUCACCAAGACUGGGCCAUGCUUAAAUGCCAGGGCUGGGCCAAACUUAAUUGCCAGGACUGGGCCAAGCUUAACUGCCAGGACUGGGCCAAGAUUAAAUACCAAGACUUAUUCAUUACAUAACUUCUUCUUCUUUAUAUUUAUCACAUUUCUUUAUUUAUUUUUUAUUCAAUAUGAUUUUUUUGUUUUUAAAAAUAAACAAACAAAUUUUUAUAUUUGAUCUUACUGUUACUGUAAUUAACAAUAUAAAAAUAUCAGUUAAUUAGUUAAAUAAAAAUAUUAAACACUUGCAGAUUGCACAAGUCUGUACCACUAUCGUUAACCUCACUCACAGAGCUGAUGUUCAGACUUAAAUUAUUUAAGCUUUACACGUUCACCAUUGUUUUUUUCUCUAUCUAUUCAAUGCCCGUCAUCUUUGAACUCGAAAAUACGCAUCAGACAUAGUUACUUUUAGUAGUAAUAAAUAAUAAAAAACACAAACACUGAAUAAACUAGAGAUCGGAUUGAUCAGACACAUAAUGAAAAAAAGUAUGGCAGUCGACGGGCGAAAAUACUCGAACCACGCCUUAUGUGACCGAAAAACCGAAGCUUGGGUCACCAAUGAAUGGCCAAGGCUGGGUUAACCAGGAUUGGCCCAACCUUGGUCCAAGCCUAUGUUGUCAAAAAAUGGCAUAGGCUGGAAUAUCUAGCCUUGGCCCAAGCUUGGGUAAUCAUUGGUAAGGCCAAGGCCAGGUCCACCAACCUUGGUCCAAGCCUGGGUGGCCAAUUAAUUGCCAAGGCUGGGUAUCCCAGCCUUGGCCCGAGCUUGGGUAAUCAUUGGUAUGGCCGAAGCUGAGUUAAGUAGCCUGGCCCACGCAUGGGCAGGUACGCCGAAGCUAGGCUUCUCAGGCCCGUUUGUCAACUCUGGGGUUUCCUGUAUGGGAACGAGAUAAUUCAUUUAUUAUAGUUAAAUAUGAAUACGUAACAAGAGUUGUAAGUUACCCAUUACGCGAGAAAUGAAAAAAAUUCAUGCACGAAGCCGCGCAGCACACGAGUGCGUAAUGGACUUACAACUCGUGUAAUGUACUAUACUUUUUCUACGCCCAUUCAUUUUCUUUCAUUGAAUGAAAAACAUCACAAAUAUUUAAACUUUAUAUAAUAGUUGUUAAUAACAACUGAACAAUUAUUGUAAAUCGAUUGUGUAUUAUUAUUCAAUGGUGAUGAACGGUUAUUUAUAAUUUCGUGAUGCGUUAUUUUUAUUAUUAAGAGAUGGCAGCUUGAGCUUUUUCUAAAAUCUCCGGUGGAGUUCUCAUAAUUUCAUCACUUUCACACAUGUUCGUAGAUGAAGUUGAGAAGAUGUUCGGAUUCAAUCAUAUUUUGUUCAAGAAAUUGACAAUAUAAAUGACAUGACAUUUAUUUUUAUAGCAUGCUACUUAAGAAAACGUGUUCAAAUUUCAAAUAAAUUGCAUAAUGUGGUCCCUACAUUUAAGGGUAUCAAGGGCAUCACUCUUUCAAUCAUAAAUAUAUAUUGUUAAUGCUAGAAGCUUUUAUGUUUUUUAAUUAAGUAAAUAUACCAAAUAAAGUCUUACGUAAAUA